AUGUCCUUCAUCCACUCUGGACUCACUCAAGAUUUACCCAGAUCUACUCUGACUGUGACUCCAGACGAUACAGUAUUCACUGGAGAGAGAGUGAUUCUGACGUGUGAGAUAACACCUUAUUACAAUAACUGGAGAUAUGAGUGGUGGCAAGGAUACAUUCAAGUGUAUCUGCCGUCUCAGCGUCACACUGUAGACAGAAACACUUUCACUAUUGAACGAUCUGAAUCAUCUGAUGAGGGUCAGUACAUGUGUAGAGGACAGAGAGAUGAAAGACCAAACUCAUCACAAUCAAACUCUGUUUAUCUCUCAGUGAAGGAUUCACCCAGAUCUACUCUGACUGUGACUCCAGACGGUCCUGUAUUCACUGGAGAGAGAGUGAGUCUGAAGUGUGAGAUUGAGUCUGACAGUGACUGGAGAUGGAGAACUGACAAGAUUUAUGACUGGAGAUAUGACUGGACACCUGACUGGAGAUAUGAGUGGAAUAAAGGCAGUGUAAAGUUACAGUCGUCUGGUCGUUACACUGUAAUCACAGACACACUCACUAUCAGAGCAGUAACUACAUCUGAUGAGGAGAGACCAGAAGCUGUAGUGAAGGUGUCUCCAGAUCAGCGUGUGUUCAGAGGAGAGACAGUCUCUCUCACAUGUGACAUACAGAGAGGAGGACACAUUCAGUGGACAUACAGCUGGUUUAAAGAUGGAAACACUCGCUAUCCAUACAGAAGAACAGCAGAGAUCAGUUUCACAGCUGAAGUGUCUGACAGCGGUGAAUACAGCUGUAGAGGAGAGAGAUCAGACUCACAGACAUCACACAUCAGUGCUGCUCUUACACUGACUGUAUCAGAUCUGGAGCCAAAGCCUGAACUCACAUCAGAUCCUGCAGGAGCUGCACUGACAGGAAACACAGUGACUUUGACCUGUCGCAUGAAUCUGUCUCCUGGAUGGGACUUUUACUGGUACAAACACACACUGAACUCUGAGACAAAGACAGAAACAAACUCCUACAGUGUGAAGAUUGAUUCAGUGUCUGAUGGAGGCCAGUACAGGUGUAGAGCUGGAAGAGGGAAACCAGUCUACUACACACAAUACAGUGAUGCACUGUGGGUAAAUGUUACAGUGAGUCCUAAAGCUGUGGUGACGGUACGACCGGAUGAACAAGUGUUCAGAGGAGAAACAGUCUCUCUCAGAUGUGAUAUAAAGUGGGGAGGAGACACUGAGUGGACGUACAGAUGGGAAACAGAGGCAACAAACUACCAACAUAAAACCUCUGUCAGCCGAACCUCAACACAAGAGCUGAACAUCAGCAGUGUUAAAGACUUUCACCGUGGUAAAUACACCUGUACAGGACAGAUGGGAACACAAAGCUCUCAGCGCAGUGAUGCUGUUACACUGAAUGUAUCAGCUGAAGCUCAGGCAGCAGUGCGAGUGUCUCCACAGCCGUGGCUGACUGAAGGAGACUCAGUGACUCUGAUCUGUGAGGUUACGGUCUCCUCUACAGGCUGGACGUUCAGCUGGUUCAGAGAUGAUGAUCAUCUGUCCGACAGCAGCAGAGGAGCUGGAGGCUCUUACACUCUCAGUCCUGCUGCUCUACAGCACACAGGAGUUUAUACGUGCAGAGCAGAGAGAGGACGACCGGCCUAUUACACAAAGACCAGUAACACACAGCCCCUGUGGAUCACUGGUGUUUCUCCUUCAGUGUCUCUGGUGGUCCGUCCCCGCAGAAGUCAACACUUCUCAUCUGACUCUCUCUCUCUGAGCUGUGAGGAUCAGAUGAACUCUUCUGGAUGGACAGUGAGAAGAUACACAGACAGAAACACAGAAGAUUGUUCAAAACUAACAGGAUCUACAUGUCGACUCGUCUCUCUCAGCACAUCUGACUCUGGAGUUUACUGGUGUCAGUCUGAAUCUGGAGAGAAACGUCAUCCUCUAAACAUCACUGUACACAAUGGUGAUGUGAUUCUGGAGAGUUCUGUUGAUCCUGUGAUUGAGGGACAUACUCUGACUCUACACUGUUUACAUCGAUCUACAAACUCCUCGAUCCUCGGAGCUGAUUUCUAUAAAGACGGAUCACUCGUCCAGAAUCAGACGACAGGAGAGAUGAUCAUCACGACUGUCUCAGAGUCAGACAAGGGUUUCUACUACUGUAAAACAGAGAGAGGACAGUCACUGCACAGCUGGAUCUCAGUCAGAGGGUCAUCUUCAGAUCAGAUUUUAUUCUUCAUCAUCCUCAGUUUUCUUCUGGCAGCUUGUCCGUAUCUGCUGGUGACAGUCGUGCUGCUUUACAAAUGCUACAGAGCGAGAGGGUCUUCGGGUUCGUUGAUGAUGUUGGUGUAUUUGGUCCCGGUCUUUGUUCCUCAGACACGGCGUGUUUGUCCAGUUCUCCGGCAGCAGCAGACGCACGGCGGUCUGGAUCUCUCUCGAUGUGGUGCUGGAGAGACACGACACGACACAAGACGAGACGAGACGAGACGAGACGACUCACCGGAGAUGCGCUCGAAGAUGUCGUUGGUAACUUAA